AUGGCGGAACAGGGUGCGAAGAAAGGCACAGCUUCAGCUUCCAACACGUCAUCGAAAGCUGCAGAGCCCGAAUCUGAACCAGCCACUGCUGCUCAGCCAUCGCUAGCCGAUGAGCUCUCUUCCGCACAGCCACAAGAUGCUACCACACAUGAAGACUACGACUCGAGCACACACACCGACAACGAUGAUUUUGAGGAUGCUGCAGAUGAAUCCAACGCAGAUGAAAUCACUCCUUCUUCUAGCGCUGCUGCCAUUGACGACGCAUCACUUCAGCAGCAGCUCAAGAGAGAAAAACAGAAGCAUAUAUCGCAGCAGAAUACAGCAGGUCCAUUGCCAGAGCCGCAACCGCAGACACCGAAAGCUUCUAACGAUGCUGCUUUUCCCGAACCACGACCUUCAACAGAGACUGCAACUCCACCUCAGGGUGAGCAAGGGGUCGUACCUAGCUCUUCAACCGCUACUUUUGUCGCUCCGCCCAACACUAAAGAGGCAGAGUCGGCAGCAGACACGCCACUCAGCUCUGCUGAGAUCAGGGAUAGCCAAUCAGCGUCUGACUCACUCAUUCUCGACGAAGAAUCUGCCAAAGCUACGCUACCAGAUCACGUGGAAAAGGUGCCACCUUCUGUAGGAGCAACGUCGUUGCUCGAGCCUGACGAGACCAUCAGCAAUCCUUUUGCUUCGGCGGAUGAGUCGAGUUCUCAGCCUAUCCGAUUCUCCCAAGCAGCAGGUGCGGGUGGUGACUCGGGCAGCAGCAAUCCGCCUGACACGCCAGGGAUGAAUUCGAACCACUUUUCCGUCGUCAGUCUUGGCAGCGGUGCAGAGGGAGAGGCAGAGACUGGCUGGUCAGCUUCCAACAGACGCGAUUCGAGAAGGGACACAAUCACGACCAAUAGCACUGAAUCUCGCUCCAACGAUGCCGAACUGGUACGAAACGGCGAGAGUUCCUCGAAUUACGACUUCUUACUAGCGAGACUAGACACGCAGAACAAGAGGCUGAGCGGAGAUCCAAAGCAGAUGCGAGCUAGUAUCGACGGUGCGGUCAAGCUAAGGGAGCAUUUCGAAAAACUCAGGGAUCAGGAAAAGAGGCAUUCUCGCACAGAUUCACAGAAUCGUGCACUGACCAAGGAAGGUGGGUCCACGAGUCAGGAUAGUAAUAAUCGACCUUCCUCCUCUCAAGGCUCUCAAGCACAACCUGCUGUCGGCGCAGGAGGAGUGAGAGAAUCGGCCAUCUCAACGAGCGAAACAGUAUGGGAAGGUCCACCAGCCGAAGACAUCGGGGAUGACGAAAUCGACUGGGAGUUCUGGGGAGAUGUCAUGUCGAAUUAUCAGCAAGUCGCUCGCAACCACCCGAGGCAGCUCUCUCGAGCUAUCCAGGCGGGCAUACCUCCAUCAUUGAGGGGAAUGAUGUGGCAGCUCAUGAGUAGCAGUAAAAACGAAGAGAUGGAGAUCAUUUAUGCCUACUACCUCAAGCAGACCUCUUCCCAUGAGAAAGCGAUCAAGAGGGACCUCAACCGGACCUUCCCCGAACAAGACUAUUUCCAAGAUGGAAAGGGUAUCGGCCAGGAAAACUUGUACAACGUCAUCAAGGCUUACUCUCUUUAUGAUCCUGAGGUGGGUUAUUGUCAAGGGAUGCAAUUUGUCGUUGGACCUCUACUACUUAACAUGCCGGAUGAAGAAGCGUUCUCUACAUUUGUCAGGUUGAUGAAGUCGUAUGACCUACGCGGCCAUUUCACACCCAACAUGCCGGCAUUGCAGUUGAGAUUGUUCCAAUUCGAUCGGUUGUUGGAAGAUUUUUUGCCAUUGCUGCACAGGCAUUUGGUUAGGCAAGGGGUGAAAUCAAGCAUGUUUGCAAGUCAGUGGUUUAUGACUCUUUUCAGCUACCGUUUCCCAUUGGAGUUCGUAUAUAGGAUUUUGGAUUCCGUGUUUGCGGAAGGUGUCGAGGCCUUGUUCAGGUUUGCCAUAGCCUUGAUGAAGAAGAACGAGGAAAAACUGUUACAGUUGAACUUUGACAAGGCCGUGGAGUUUUUGAAGUUGCAGUUGUUCGAAUGCUACCGAAGGCCUGACUGCAGCUCUUCACAAGAUGGAGAGGAUGCGGAAGAUAAGACGGCGAUUCAACCAAGUCGACAAGUUCGAUUGUCAACGCAAUCCACCAAUUCUUCCAUCUCCGCCAACGGCAGCACUCAGAAACCUCAAUAUCGCACAAACGAAUUCGUCCGAGACGCAUUCGAGAUCAAGAUCACCCCUUUCCUCCUCGACACGUACGCAGGAGAAUUCGACGUCCAAGUACGUGCAGCUAAUGCUCAUCGACGUGAAGUCGAAGCUCUACGACUUGUCAACCGGAACUUGGCAUCGAGAGUUAAAGCUCUGGAAGAACAACUCAACUCGGUCAACGCAGAGCAUGUCGAGAUGGUAAAAGAUGUAGUGAUGGCAAAGAUUGCAAAGGAAGAAAUGGCGGAAGAGUUGGUCAAGUACAAAAUGAUGUAUGCUGAAGCGGUCUUGGCCGCGGACCAGGAGAGCGGGAACAAUAGAAGCAGUGCAAAGGGGAUCGCUGCAGCUAGGGCUGCUGCUCAGAGGGAUAGUGGAGGAAGUGGUAGUGGUAGCGGUUCAGUAUGA